AUGACGGCAAUGGACUGCACAGAGACUUUCCAAUCCUUGUGCGCCAAGAUUGGGGUAGUUGAUCCGAUUAUAAAAGCCUUGGAGUCCCGCGGAUUUACAACCCCAGCAAAAUUCUUUUGGCCAUUGAAAGAAGGCUCCGAGGAGACUUUUGGUGCAAUUUUGGAUGAAGCACAGAUAGACAUCAAGGCAGCUGCAUCCAUGCUUCAGUCUGCAGAAGCCGGGUGUUUGCGCCGGCUUUUGCAUGAGUGCCGCACAAUCUGCGAUGGCCCGCCAAGUGUAGCAGCACAGGCAGCACCUGCCGUACCUGCCAAAGUAUCUUCCAAUCUGUUUGGCUUCGAUGUUGGCCCGCGACUCACAAGUGAUGCUCUGCAAAAAUUGUGGUCGGAUUUCACGAAAAAUUAUCCGGCAGAAGUGAUCGUGGGCGAUACCAGACCUUGCAAGGCGUUGGUUCAGAUGGUCUUUGCGCAAAAAGCGGCCAAUGAGCUCCGUUUCAUUCCAUGGCGGCAGAUUCUCAGUGAAGCGCAAGCGGAUCGCGCCAAACAAGCGGGGAACAAGGAGAAGACCUUUCUUGAUGUGCUGGCUGAUGCUGCGGGACAUGUCAACGCAUUGGAGCAAGACCCGUCGCCUUCUCAUUAUGGUGUUCAGCGUUUGCUUUUAUUACGUUCAGUAGCAUGGGCAUUAGUAGGUUGGUGCCACCUUGGUGCAGGUCGACGAUUGGUGCAGGCAUUCAUGGGGCUGUAUGCCGCUCCUGGUUUGGCGUCACUGGGUCUUCGAUCCCCAACUCUGGCCGAAGCAGAACAUGCAGAUGGCGAAUUGUGUCGUCAACUCAAUGCCUUACUGAGUGAUGGAUUCCAUUUUGAUUCCGCUCUUCAUGAAGUGGUGGUGGUGCGCCACAGCUUGCAAAUGUGGCUGCAACCCAAACCCAAGGUGGUCAAUGCAGAAUCGGUGAUCAGUGCCAAGGGGCCCAAGCGCACCUUGCCGCAGCCGCUUGUUGAUGCCAAGAGUUCGGUGGUGGAUGCGAGCAACGAUUCUUGCGAGUUGCCUGCGUUGACGCCCCAUGAGGCGGUAGCCCCUUCGCCCCGCGCCGCGCCGGUAUCAAUGGCCGCGUGGUCUGCAUUAGCUGCUUGUUGCGAUGACAAGGAUGCCUUGCUUCCCCCACUUUUGGAGCUAAUGCUGAAGGAUGUGGCAGCAGGUCAUGCCUAUGAACUGAUUGGAGGGGAGGCGGAAGCGCGACAGCGGUGGGGUGAUCUGGUUGCCGCGGGCAAGUUAGGAAUAGCACAGCCGCCUGGAAAGAAACCACGUCUCAUCGGGGAUGGGACGAUUUCGGGAGCAAACCAUCAUUGUGUCAUUGAGGAGAAGGUGCGCCUACCAACCUUUGAGAGCGUCCAGCGCUUCAUGUCAUUAUCUGGUCCCGAUGUACAAUGGGGGGCUUUGAGUUUUGAUGUGAGAGGGGCACAUAAAUUGGUCAAUGUGUCUCCUGCUGAACAGGGCCUUUCCUGCUUCGUUGUCCAAGGUCGUUGGUUCGUCUACAGGUCUUGCUAUUUUGGAUGUCGUUGGGCGGCCUAUUGGUUUUCAAGAGUGGGUGCAUUCUUGGUCCGUCAUUGUCAUCGCUUUCUUUGGGUCCAACAUGGUCUAUUCAUCUACGUCGAUGACGGUUUGGCCCUUUUCCCACAUAGAGUCUGCCCAAUCUUGUCAGCAACUCUGCUCUUGUUUCUCGCUGCUCUAGGAGUUCCGCUGUCGUGGGAGAAGGUGCGUAUGGGAGGUCUACAGCCGUGGAUUGGUUGGUCUUUUCAUUGGGAUCGUGGCUUUGCGGAACUACCAGACAACAAGCGACAAACCUUGUUAGGAUUGCUCACGGAACUGACAACACCCGGUCGCAAGGUACCCCGCAAGACUGUGGAGCGCUGCAUAGGCAUGUUGGUGUGGUUCUGUGGUGGGGCCUACUGGUUGGCAGUGGAAAACCAAGUUCGCAUUCCUUUGCGCGUUUUGGAGCCCGGGCGUGUGCGGAGUGCAGCUGACGCAUUUGCAACAGGACAGCGUGCAGGUGUAGGAGGUUGGUGGGCAGUCUCAGAAGAUGCGCUGCAACAGUCGAAGGUGUUUUGGUUUAGUGAGAUGCUAGACUCGACGUCUUUGCCUUCCUGGUUGUGUGCGAAAGAGACUUUGCAGCAGGAUAUUGCUUCCUUUGAAGGCGUUGCGCAGCUAUGUUUGCUUGUUGGACGGACAGCAGGUCAGGUUCCACCACCUGGUGUGACGCUGCGUUUCCACCAGCUUUGCGACAACAUGGGCACUGCCGCCAGCUUGCGGAAGAAAUUGUCUAUGCAAGUGCCGUUGUCUUAUGUUUUGCAGGCCGUGGGCUUUCAUUGCUGCAGAUUAGGCAUUUGUUUAGAUCCCCAGCAUGUGGCUGGUGUUCGAAAUCAAUGGGCCGACAACCUCAGCCGGAAUUGCCUAGAAGGCUUUGAUCUGGGUCGACGCGUUCGACUGAAUGUUCGAGAGUUGUUGGAGGUGGGGCUGCUGCUGGGCUGCCACCCAGCAGUGGUCCCACCUGGAUUCAUCUGCGCAUUGAAAAGUGAGUGCUUGGCCAGACCCAAGAGGGCUGGUGAGGUGGGGCUGCUGCUGGGCUGCCACCCAGCAGUGGCCCCACCUGGAUUCAUCUGCGCAUUGAAAAGUGAGUGCUUGGCCAGAGUGCCUUGUGCUGCGAUCCGCGAUUGCUGCGCAGCGCUGCAGAUGAACGCUGACUGCGGCAAGGCAUAUCACGUGCGUGGCGCUGCGCAUCACCAACUCCAGCACUGGAAAAAGGCUUAUCGGGACCUCUCUCAGGGUCAGCGGCUGGACUUCCAGGAAGGCUAUGCCGCCAUGCACGCGCUGGUUACAAAGAAGGCCGGUGUCGACAAGGAGAAAACCUCACCGCGACAUGACCGACAUGACCGAGCCAAGAUCGCUGAGAAAGUUCUGCAUGUGGAGUCUCCAGUGGAAGAGGUGAAGUUGAAACCUCCCUCCAAGGAGUUCAAGAUCGGUCAAGCUGUGAGGUUGGGUGGACUGUUGAAGGCACCCCAUUUGAAUGGGAAACGUGGCCUGGUGCAACGACUGAGCACCCAGGACAAUGAUCGAUGGGAGGUGGAGAUCCGCCUUGAUCGAGGUGUGCUCGAAGUGAAAUCCAUUCGCAGCGAGAACAUCAUCGCAGUCCCUCGCAAUCAGGCCGCAGAAUGGCAGCUUGAAGAGGCUCGUUUUACCCAAGAGAGGCAAAAGCGCGAGAAGGAAGACAAACUAUGGAAUGAGGAGCAGGAGAAGUCCAAAAAGUUCAAUACCUUCAGGAAUGUAUGUGAGAAGACGCUCAAUGCCCAGGGCUUUCCCAUUAUGGACUCCUCCGAAAAGUUGGAGGCUGUGACUGCCGAGAUGAGUUGUUUGCCUUUGGACCACGAAGCCCUUGCGCUUUUGAGGCGCUUGCGGCCCCAGGAGGCCUUGCAAGUCCUGCAGCAGGUGAGCAUACAAGGGAUUAACAACAACAUGUCGAGCUACAUCAAGAUCAAGGUGAGAUCGAAGCUGGGUGAUCCAGACAACACCGAUGAGGAUCCCAAGAUGCCGCAGCCUGUCCCGGCGAAGACGGAGCCUCGACCUUCGGCGGCCACGCCAGCGCCAGCCACGCCGGAGCCAACGCCGGAGCCGGUGAAGCGGCCAGCGGAAGAGGCACUGGAGGACUGUGGACAGCACUUCGGCCAUUGUGCGAACGUGGACCAGUGGACGACUGGAAGUUGUUGCAAAACUAAGGACCUCCUCCCAGAGGAGAAGGAGCCCACCUUGGGCUCUGGCUUUAUAGAGGAAGAGCCCACAGAGAAGCAGCUGGAGGCGUUCGGCCGGUGGAAGCAAGAGGCGCAAGACUCCUUGGAGGCUGGGGAUGUAAAGACUUCCCUGGAACGGCUCACUGAAGUCAUUGAGGGCGGGGGCGGCUCCGCUCUCAUGCUGACGAAGAGAGGUGAGCUCCUGUUGAAGGAGCGAAGGCCGUUGGCAGCCAUCCAGGACUGCUCUGCAGCCCUACAAUUGAAUCCGGAUCUGGGCAAAGCCUACCGCGUCCGUGGCAUCGCACAUCGGAAGCUCGGGAAGUACAAGGUGGCCAAGUCCGACCUUGCACAGGCCCAAAACUUGGACUUUGAUGAAGGCGUCAGCUUCAUUGAGAAGUUUGUCAGCGAGAAGGUUUCUUGUGCACGGAGUGGGUGUGCGCCUGGAGGAGCGACGCCGAAAGAGGCAGAAAACACAGUGACCCUUGCAGAUGCCAGUGACUCCUCAGUGUCGCACAAAGUACACGAGAUCUUUGGCAAUCGACA